CGUCCCUUAUUAAAGCCCCCCAUUCCUGCAGUCUUCUCUCUCACCCAUCGAACUUUUUUUUCUUCUCAGUCUUCUUCCUCUGCCAUGGCUCUCCUCUCCGAUCUCAUCAAUCUCAACCUCUCUGACACCACUGAGAAGAUCAUUGCCGAAUACGUAUGGAUCGGAGGAUCUGGACUCGAUUUGAGAAGCAAAGCUAGGACUCUUCCGGGACCGGUGACCGACCCGGCGAAACUCCCGAAGUGGAACUACGACGGUUCCAGUACGAAUCAAGCCCCCGGAGACAACAGUGAAGUCAUCAUAUAUCCCCAGGCGGUUUUCAAGGAUCCCUUUAGAAGAGGAAACAACAUCCUGGUGAUGUGUGAUGCCUAUACGCCAGCUGGCGAGCCGAUUCCAAACAACAACAGAUUCAACGCCGCCAAGAUUUUUAGCCAUCCUGACGUCGUCGCCGAGGAACCCUGGUAUGGCAUUGAGCAGGAGUACACUCUCCUCCAAAAGGAUAUCCGCUGGCCCCUCGGCUGGCCCGUCGGUGGCUUCCCGGGACCCCAGGGUCCCUACUACUGUGGUGUAGGAGCAGACAAGGCCUUGGGUCGUGACAUUGUAGACUCACACUACAAGGCCUGCCUCUAUGCCGGAAUCAACGUCAGUGGAAUUAACGGUGAAGUCAUGCCCGGUCAGUGGGAAUUCCAAGUCGGUCCCACCGUUGGUAUUGCUUCUGGUGAUCAGCUAUGGAUGGCUCGAUACAUCCUCGAGAGGAUCACCGAAAUUGCAGGAGUUGUUCUCUCCUUCGACCCAAAGCCAGUUAAGGGCGAUUGGAAUGGCGCUGGUGCUCAUACCAACUACAGCACCAAGUCGAUGAGAAACGACGGUGGGAUUGAUGUGAUCAAGAAGGCCAUCGAUAAACUCAGCCGGCGUCACAAAGAACACAUUGCUGCCUAUGGAGAAGGCAACGAUAGGAGGUUGACCGGUCGCCAUGAGACUGCCGAUAUUAACACCUUCUCUUGGGGAGUUGCAAACAGGGGAGCCUCAGUCCGUGUUGGCCGGGAGACUGAAAAGGACGGCAAAGGUUACUUCGAGGAUCGAAGGCCAGCUUCAAACAUGGAUCCUUACAUCGUCACUUCCAUGAUCGCUGAAACAACCAUUCUGUGGAAGCCCUAGAGAGAAGCAAUCGGCCGGCGUUCUAGCGGCGGCGGCGGCGGCGAUGGCGGCUGCCGGAGUAGCCCUCUCCGUUCGUCUCUGUUUCUCUGUGUCUCCAUUUGAUAUGCUUUUUUUUUGAGUUGAUGGUUUCUAUUUGUUCCUCUGUGCUUUGUGUGCUGAUUGUGUUCAGCUAAUGCUUGGUAACGAUCAGACUGGAAUCUUGUUGCUCUUUUUUUUUUUUAGGAAAAAGGCAUCGUUUGUGCAAAUAAAUUUAUUUCUUUAGCGUUAUU